CUUUCACAGUCACUUCCAUCCAAACUCAAAAAAAAACCUUCACUUCUUUCACCUUCUCCAUUUCCAGUCUUCUCAUCCUCAUUCAACCACAUUUCCUUCUCUACUUCCACCAAUGUCCACCUCCAACCCCUCCGGAAAACCCUCCCAAAACCUCGAACCCGCCUCGGUCCAAACCGGCUUCUCGAUACUCCAGAGGAACACGUCCUCGCCCCCGCCCACAGAGAGGCGGGGGCGGCGGAAGCAGGCAGAGCCGGGGCGGUUCCUUGGCGUCAGGCGGCGGCCAUGGGGACGGUACGCGGCAGAGAUAAGGGACCCCACCACUAAAGAGAGGCACUGGCUGGGCACUUUUGACACUGCCCAUGAGGCUGCCCUAGCUUAUGACAGGGCUGCCCUUUCAAUGAAGGGCACCCAAGCAAGAACCAACUUUAUCUACUCUGAAAACUCUGCUUUCCACUCUCUUCUCUCCCCUUUUGACGUCCAAACCCUAAUCAACCACCCAUCACAACAGCAGUUCCUCCUCACCACCACCACCACAAGUCAAAUUACCAAAAAACCCACCAAUCAAAACAGUCCAUGUCAGCCUGAGAUUUCCCAAACUGGGACCCACAUUGCUCAGUACCACUCUGACAAUGACUCUGUUUCACAAUCUUCAUAUGGGUCAUCACCUAAUGAUUGCAGCAACUUGUUUUUCUCUAGUGAGACCAACUCAGGUUACCUGGGGUGCAUCGUACCAGAUAGCUGCCUUAAUCCCCAAAACACCCCCAAAACCACUUCAAAUGAUGAAAACUUUCCCAGUAGCCAAACACAUUUUGAAAGCAACGCAGUGUUUCCUCAUGCUGGUGAUUUGAGUGAUGUGGGGGGCAUUGACUAUUCUACCCCUGGAGAUAACCAUCUUUCUUAUUGUGAUGGAAUUUAUAACAACUAUGAAUAUUGGGGUGGUGAUCAACAGAUGUGGGAAAUGAAUUCCUGUGAAUUCCCAUUGGUGGUGGAAAAUGGGGCCAUGGAAAAUUCUUAUCAAAUCAGUGGAAAUCCAAGUUAUGGUGCAAUGGCUCCUUCUGCUGCUUCUUCUUCAACAUUUGGUGAUGGAGUUGGUUUUGGAUACUCUCUCUUUUGAUUUCUGGGCUAAAGUUUUCAUCUUUUUGAGGCUAGGAAUAUUGGGUUAUCAACUACUCACGUGCACUGCUUUUUCUUGUGUUCUUGGUUUUCUGGCAAUCUUUUUGUAUACUGAGAGAGAGAGAGAGAGAGAGAGAGAGAGAGAGAGAGAGAGAGAGAGAGAGAGGUGGGGAGAGAGAAUGUUUCAGUUUAUAUGAUAAUGAGAUUUGUUAUGGGAAAGUUCCACUAGUCAACUUCA